AUGGUGCUGGUGCUGGACGUCACCGAGGGCCUUUGGGGAACUGAUACUGACCGGAUGUGGACAGAGGUUGUUAGCCUGCGCAUGCGAAACUUUUUGCCAGAAAGAGCUGUCCUUGAUCGACAUAUCGGAAGGUUGAAACAUCGAACGACCGAAAAUGUCACCAGCCAAAGGCCGAACACCCUCAACAAAACUGAUAAGUUACCAAUCACUAUCUACUACGAAACGCUUUGCAGUGACAGCAUGGUUUUCAUCACCCAUCAACUAUAUCCGUCAUGGUUGCGACACGAGAAAGAAAUGAAAUUGCGCCUGGUACCAUUCGGCAAGGCUUGGAUUGAAGAGCUGCCUAACGAACAGCCCAAAUUUCAUUGCCAACACGGUCCUCGAGAAUGUCAGCUGAACAUUUUGCACGGUUGCAUUCUUAAAAAACUGCCUCCGAAAAAGGCAUUUGCGGUAGUGGCAUGCCUCAUGAAAAACUUCCGCACCACCUUCGAACAGUGCAUCGAAGGACAUGAAUCGUUCAAAAACUCCAUCGUUAAUUGCAGCCAGGGGGAACAGGGAAACAGUUUGUUCAAAAAGUUUGCCAACGAAACAGACAACGUACACCGGCCGCUUCCAUUCGUACCGACUAUCGUUGACGAUCAGCCGUACGACUUUUACGAGCAAGACGAUUGGCUUCAGCAUUUUGAAAGGAAGUUUGUUGAGCGGUAUGAAGCAAAGUUAGGUGUCAAAUUAUAAUAUGUGAGCUGAAA